AAACAAACCGCCAAUUAAAUUCCAACUGCGCGACCCCACGCGUCUGUCACAACCUACACUGCUAUGGGCAUUACUUACAUACAACUUAAACAAUUCUCAGAAACUUGAUACUCUUCGUAAACGUUAGCUUUUUUUUCUUUCUUCUAAACAUAACAAAGCUCUCUUCUCAUUCAAAAAAGAGCUUUAUACACAAUGCCACCAGCCGUCCGAGACGACAACGAGAAACAACAAGCCGCGCAGCAAGCCGUCGACAUCCUGCACGAGAUAUCCACCAUCCUAAACUGCCACCUCGACCGCCGCACGCUGUCCAUCUGCAUCUCCAUGAUCGAGAAUGGCGUGAACCCAGAGGCCCUCGCGAACGUCGUCCAGUUCCUGCGUAGAGAGGCGCAGAAGGCGGAAUUCGCUCAGAGUACUGGUCGAUGAGAUAGAUAUGCGGUUCAAUCUACCAUUACUACUAUGAGAUGAGCACUGCUAGGUACUGCUAGGUACUCUACGAGCUAGUCACGCUCUUUCAGCAAGCAACUCGCAUACCUGAUAUACCUGGAGACACGGAGUUGGGAGUUCUUGUUUGUAUUCAUGCAUCAGCUGUACUUGCAAAAUUCAUCAAGAUAUAUUAUUUUAUUUACAUCUUACUCCU